GCUUCUUCAGUUCUGACUCACCACUGGGAAAUUCUGGUAUUUAGCCUUCAGAGGGCUACAUACAUGUAACGAGGGUCGUUGCACAAGGGGGGGUGUGGAGAAACCCACUCUGUAAAAAUUGAGUGGACUGAAUGUGUAUCUGAUUUGAUGGACACGUCUAAUGAUUGCAAAUAAAUCCUAUUUCUUUGAAAUAGUCUUGACUGUCAUCUCUUCAUCAUCCCUGUUAGUUUGCUCAGGCUGUCUGUCAAACUGCCUGUUUUUUCUUUCUCCGAUACCUGAGUAUAACUGCUCAACAUAACUUUGCACUAGACAUUCAAUAAACUUGGACACUAUCGCUUCACAGCCCGCAGUCUGCUGGAAGAGAAAAAAAGGCAUUGGAUUGAUAUUGGUAUUUUUCUUCAGAUUCUUCAAGUUGCAGUAUCAAUAUUGGUAUUGGACAAAAAAGUUGUGUCGAUCCAUCCCUAUGUAUAAUGAAAUAAAACCUGGGCUUGGAGAGAACAGACUCAACCCAUGUGAUCAAAGAAAACAUUCUGUUUUCAAAUGAAAUGAAGGCCAUGUGUCAUCAACAAUACUGACUCCACCUGACAACUCAUGACCUUAGUGAUGUCACAGAUGCUUCCUUUGACUACUGCCUGCCUUUCGCUGAACACACGCUCACUGCAGUGUAUAAAUCAGCCGACUACCUCCGGCGUGAACUCACUAAACUACUCACUGCAGAGUUGCGCUGCAGUGACGUGCCAACGAUGGCCCUGCUGUUGACAACAAACAUUGUCCUUCUCGUGCUCCCUGUGUUCAGAGGUUCACCAGGCUCUGCCUCUGCCCAGGAUCAGUGUGUCUUCCUAGGGGGGAACGUUCCGGAGAGUGUGUAUGGAGAUGGAGACGUAAUAAUAGGGGGUUUAUUUCCUUUUCACUACAGAGCUCUGUCUUCUCCUCCAACCUUUGAAACCAAACCACCCCCUGUUAAAUUCAAAAAUUUUCUUUCUCGUCCUCUGCGCUGGAUGCAGACGAUGACUUUUGCCAUUGGUGAGGUCAACCGUCGCUCUGACCUCCUGCCACACUUAAAACUAGGCUUUCACAUCCGAGACAGCAGCGACGACAUCCUGGUGGCUUUGAGAGAAUUACUGGUGCUGGUGAACGGGCAGCCGGAGAGCAUGAGUGGAGACAACGCUACAGACAAGUUAGGAUGUGCUGCCGUUAACAGACCUGUAUCCCCUGUGGUCAUUGGCGAUGCAGCCUCUGGGAUAUCAAUGGCUCUGCUCAGAAGUUUAGGUUCUUUCCAUAUUCCACUAUUGACCGACUUGCAGUGGAUUGCUGGAGAAGCCUGGUCCACUGGCACUUCACUGUGGAAAAACAAUGCUGAUCUCCUCAAGGGAACGCUGGGAUUUGCCAUUCAGAGAGCAAAUGUGAUUCCAGGGCUGAAGCAGCAUCUUCUCAACCUGAGCGUUUCCACUGUUCAUAAAUCUGCUCUUUUGACAGAGUUUUGGGAGGAAACAUUUAACUGUUGGCUCAACAAUUCAGUGAAUGGUCGGCCCGAUGGGGUUAAAUACCAAGACAGGCCGCCAUGCACUGGAACAGAGAGUUUGGAAGAUGUUAAUUCCUCCUACACUGAUGUGUCGCAGUUACGGGUUUCUUACAACGUCUACAAGGCAGUUUACUUGGUGGCCCACGCCCUGCAGGACAUGAGUCAGUGUGAAGAUGGAAAAGGUCCUUUUAUCAAUAGAACCUGUUCAGAUCCAAAGAACUUUCAAACCUGGCAGCUUAUUCACUACAUGAGACGUGCUAACUUUUCCCUGAUGGGAGCCAGAGUUUCCUUUGGCGAGAAUGGUGAUCCUGUGGCUUAUUAUGAUCUGAUGAACUGGCACAGGAAUCCAGACGGCUCUCUUAAUCUAGUCAAAGUGGGUUAUUAUGAUGCCUCGCUGCCUGAUGAACGGAGUCUGGUUCUAAACCACUCUCUCAUACAGUGGCCUCAUGGGAAGCAGGCUGUCCGGUCUGUAUGCAGUGAUAGCUGUCCUGCAGGUUUCCGCGUGGCCAGAAAGAAGGGGCUGCCCAUCUGCUGUUACGACUGUGUCCCCUGUGCUGAGGGAGAAGUCAGUAACUCCACUGAUUCACUGGAGUGCAACCGCUGUCCAGUAUUCAUGUGGUCCAAUAAAGCUAGAGACCACUGUGUUCCAAAGACCAUUGAGUUCCUGUCCUUCCAUGAGGUGAUGGGUGCUGUGCUGUGUGGUGUCUCCGUCCUUGGAGCCUGUAUCUCCAUGUCUUUCCUCAUCAUUUUCUUCAGAAACAAGAACACACCAAUAGUUCGAGCCAACAACAUGGAGCUGAGCUUCCUUCUCCUGCUCUUUCUCGCUGUGUGCUUUCUCAUCAGCCUGUUGUUCAUUGGAGAACCUUCAGAUUGGCUCUGUCGUAUCAGGUACCCAGCAUUUGGGAUCAGUUUCGCACUUUGUAUUUCCUGCCUCUUGGCCAAGACGGCAGUGGUCCUCAUGGCUUUCAGGGCCACGCUGCCAGGAAGUAACGUCAUGAAGUGGUUUGGACCCAACCAACAGAGAGCCAGUGUAGUUGUAGGAACAUCCAUCCAGGGACUGAUCUGUCUCAUCUGGCUGGUCACCAACCCACCACAUGCCAACAUCAACAUAGGGUUCCACAGCGCCACCAUCAUCAUGGAGUGUGUCGCCGGUUCAGAAGUUGGAUUCUGGUGUGUCCUUGGAUACAUCGGUGUGUUGGCCUGUGCUUGUCUACUGAUGGCUUUUCUGGCUCGGAAGCUGCCAGAUAACUUCAAUGAAGCCAAGUUCAUCACCUUCAGCAUGUUGAUCUUCUUUGCAGUGUGGAUCACCUUUAUACCUGUUUAUGUCAGCACACCUGGAAAGUUCACAGUGGCCGUUCAUAUUUUUGCCAUAUUAGCUUCAGCAUUUGGACUUCUCUUCUGCAUUUUUGCUCCAAAGUGCUACGUUAUUAUUUUGAGACCGGACAGAAAUAGCAAGAAACACAUGAUGGCACGGUAG